CUGAAGGGUUCUUGUCUCGUCACUGAACAAUGGAGGAGUAUGGACUACAGAUGUUUAUUUUGGAAUCUUUACAAUGAAUAAUGGAGGAAAUCAGGUCAGCACUGGUUCCUGAGCACAAUGACAGCAGAACUAUUUGGACCCUGCUGCCCUCAGCUCCCAGCAGGCAGUUGGGCACCUUUCCCAACCCACAGACACGCUUCAAGGACCUGACAGGGAUAUUUUGCAUGGUGAUGCUGAACAUUCUAGCACUUCUAGCCAACACAGCUGUCCUGGUUGUUGUCAUCAAAGCUCCACAUCUCAGGAAGUUUGCCUUUGUGUGUCACCUGUGUGCAGUGGACCUCCUGUGUGCCAUCCUGCUCAUGCCUCUUGGGAUCAUGUCCAGUUCUCCAUACUUUGCUGGUGUUAUGUUCACUGUCCUGGAGUGUCAGAUCUACGUCUUUCUCAAUGUGAUCCUCAUCGCUGCCUCCAUCUUUACCAUCACAGCAAUCAGCGUAGAGCGGUACUACUACAUUGUCCACCCCAUGCGUUAUGAGGUCAAGAUGACUCUGAAGCUGACUGCAGCUGUGAUAGUGAUGGUGUGGGUGGCCUCUGCCGUGCUGGGGUUGUCCACUGUGUUUGGUUGGCCUUCAUAUAGGAGUCUUGGCUCCAUCAGUGCUUCACACUGCUCGCUGCAUUGGAGCCACAGCGACCACAGACGAGUCUUUUCUGUGCUCUUUAGUAUCACCUGUUUCUGCCUGCCUGCUGUUGUGAUCUUUGCAGUUUACUGUAAUGUGUACAAGGUGGCCCGUGUAGCCGCCCGUCAGCAUGGACCUCUCCCCUUGUGGACAACUAAUCAACUAAAGCAUCGCUCUGACUCCAUAAACAGCCAGACUACUAUCAUCACAACUCGUAAUGCACCACGUAGGAUUAUGCGAGAGCAGCCUUUUGGUGGGGGCAAAGCUGCUCUCACUCUGGUGGUCAUAGUUGGACAGUUUCUGAUCUGCUGGCUGCCUUACUUUGCAUUCCACCUCCACCUGACACUAAACACAACGCUCAAAAUUCCCGAGGGUCUAGAGGAAGCAGUUACUUGGUUGGCGUACUCAUCCUUCGCUAUCAACCCGUUCUUUUAUGGGCUUCUAAACAGGCAGAUCAGAGAGGAGCUGUGGAAGCUGAGGCGCUGUUACUCGGCCCGUCCUAUGGAGCUGCCAGUUACCAGCCAUGACGGCUCAUGCCAUGAGAACUUCCUGCAGUUCCUCCACAGAACCAGCUGCACCAUAGAGACACAGGCAAGCAUUGUCACACCCAGUCCAAGAAACACUUUGGAUCAAACCGGGCAGACUGGUUUCAGAAUACCAGGACAGAUCCCAGAGGAGUUCACUUAGAUAUACCUCACUGUUGUGCAGCAGGACUAUUUAAGCUACAAGUUACAUGUGAUCCACUGGAGUUAAGUUUGACUGUCUUCAAUAUGUACUGUAUCUAUGGCUCAAAGCCAAAAUAUAGCAUCAAUUAUUUAUCAAUUAGAUUUUGUUUCUAUAUCCCCUUUCACAAAUGCACUGCGCUCCUGGAAAUUUCCCUUGUCAAACUCCCUAUUUGUUUUAAU